GUUGACAACACGCAGUAUCAUGCCCAGUACAUUUCUCUGUUUGUUGCAUCACUCGGAAUACCAAGAUAAGAUGUUUGAAGAACUAGAUGCAGUUGCUGGACGCGACAUGGACCUCUGUAUAAACGAUAAGGCAAAAUGUCCUACCUAUGAAGCUGUGGAGCUAGAAACUCAUCGAUAUAUACCAGUCGCGCCACUAGUUGGUCCUAGGCUGUGUGGAGUAAACUUGGAGUUUGAAGGAUACGACUUACCGAAAGGCAGUAUGGUCUUUGCAAAUUUUUGGCAUAUUUUCCAUAAUGAGAAGAUAUGGGGUGACCCCUGGAACUUUCGACCUGAAAGAUGGCUCGACGAACAAGGGAAUCUGUUGCCAAGAGAUCACGUCUAUAGAAAAAACUGGCUUCCGUUUGGUUAUGGAAGAAGGCAGUGUAUUGGAGAACAGUUUGGUCGCUUCCGUAUCUUCAUGUAUUUGGCGUCGCUUUUGAGACGUUGGAAAUUUGUAGCUCCACCUGGAAAAAUGAUGUCAUGUGAUCCAAGGGACCAAUCAAGUUUUUGUUAUGAAGUAACAAUGCGUCCUAAGCCUUUUUAUUGCCAUGUGCAGGAACGAUACUAAAUAUUUAUAGACAGUUUAAAGUGGCAUUAUGCGCAUCUUUCUGCACAUAGUGUGUUUUUGGUGAAUGUUUUAUAAAAGCAAUUUUCGGAUGCUCUGCAUUUAAAUAUGUUGAAUUAACGAUAAUGCUGCAUACGUAUUUGAAGUUGAUGCUUUAGAAAUAAAAAAAUCGGACUAAUAAAAUAAUUAUAGUUCUUUUCUUCAAUCUUCUACGCAGUGAUCUCCCUUACCUUUAGGCAGAUAUUUCUGAAGUUGAAGGGAAGCAACUCCUGCAUACAGUUUGACUUUUCUUUAAAAGACUGCCCCAGACAAAAUAAAAAAAAGUUAAAUUUGGAAAGUCAUUAUUUCGUACUGCUAACAGGAAGAAUUUGGUAUACUGGGUUAAAAACUAUAAUUUCCUCCACCCUUUGUACACACACAUCUAUUUCAGCUGGAUUUUUACUUGAAAAUGCGCAUAAUUCCACUUUAAGUGAUGAAGUAUAGCUUUAUUUAUGCGAAUACUAUGCUUCUAUUAUUUGUAGAUUGAUAUAUUUAUAUAUCUGUUUGACUGAAUAUUAUUGCUGCUAUUUGCUAUCCCAGUUCAGGAAAGGUCAUAGCCCUAUGCAGACAGUGUGUUUCUUUAUUAUGCAGAUUGAUAAAUAUUUGACUGAAAAUAUACCGACAAUUUGUGACUUUUAACUUGAUGAUGAAUUAUAACCUUAUUUGUGCGGACAAUGUAUUUCUGAAAUUUGUAGAUAUCUCUGAUUAUUUAGUUUAUGCUAUUUGAGUUAAUAAUGAGUUACCUUAUUUGUGUGAACAUUUUCUGAUAUGACUUAACUCAUUGGCAUAUUCCUUUGACUAUUUUUAAUCAUCAAAUUCUACACUAAGGAUGUAGUAUACCUUACCACCAGCGUAGAUUCAAAUUAAUUGAACCGUAGCAAUUGAUUGUAUAUUAUAGUGUAAUUUAAUAUUUUAGCUUCUACCAAUUCAAGUUCUUUUAUCGCUGUCGCUUCAAUUACAAUUUUAUACAGCUUUUAAAUACAUGACCCUCCAUAGGUAUUUUAUAUUGUUAAGGUAUACUACCUCCUUUAUAACAUCUACCGAAGUUAUUCCAGUUGAUGAUAAAUAGCUAUAUUUGCGCUUCUAUUAUUUCUGAAUAGAUAUACAAGUAUAUACAGUCAAACUUCGUUCGCUCGAACCCGAAUAAAUCGAACAACGCCGUUCGCUGGAACACCUAGACACGUCACGGCAAAGUCCCUGUGUAAUGUAGAUUGUUUCAUAACUCAAACUAAUGAUAACUCGAACAAUAUUUUCCGGUCCCGUCCAGUUCGAACGAACGAGGUUUGACUGUAUAGUGAAAUAAGUGGCAAGUGACUCGCACGAUGUUAUCAUGAUCAUAGUAUUAUUUUCAGAGCAUGUUUUAACGACAGACAACAAAAGAAUCUACUGAAAAGGCAUUUAAGACUUUGAAAUGGAACAAAUAACUGUAUCAGAUCAACUGGAAAAAAAAAUGUUUCCAGUUUUUGUUGAAGUUCUGCUCACAGAAUGAACCCCUUAUUUGAGCAAACAGGAACGAAGUGUGCAGAAAGUGAAGUCUAUUAAAGUACUAAAAUAUCAUAACUGUAGCAGGACAAAAAUAAAUUCAUAACAAGGACAUAAUGCAUAAUAGCGUACAUGAUCCCUGUAUAAUAUUAUAAUAAAGGUGAGAAUAAAAAAAUAUUUUUCA